UCGAUGAUUGAUGUUGUCUUGUAACUGAAAACAUUGCACUAAGUUUUCAUCAAUAAUUGAUGCCAGGCGAUGCUUCUCUCUGUGGGUCACUCUGCUUCGAGAUGCUGAAGUGUUGCAACAGCAAGCUGACCAACCUACGCCAUGAAGCAUGCGCUGUGCUCUACCUGCUCAUGAGAAGUAACUAUGAAUUCACUAGGCGGAGUGGUAUCAACAGAGUUCACUUGCAGGUCAUCAUUUCAGUAUCACAGCUUCUUGGUGAAGUUAUUGGUCUGAAUAAUUCACGUUUUCAAGAGUCCAUGGCACUUAUCAACAGCUAUGCAUCUAGUGAUAAAGCAAUGAACAAUACAGGGUUUGUAAGUGAAGUCCGAGAUUUAACAAAACGUAUUCGAACAGUGUUAGUAGCAACAGCCCAAAUGAGAGAACAUGAGUGUGAUCCUGAAAUGCUGUGUGACCUUCAGCAUUCCCUUGCUGCAUCAUAUGCAGCAACCCCAGAACUGCGAACCACUUGGUUGCAAGCCAUGGCAAAGCACCAUGUCAAAAAUGGUGACCUUUCAGAGGCAGCAUUUUGUCAGCUGCACAUUGCAGCACUUAUGGCAGAAUAUUUGCACCACCAAGGGGAGUUUGCUGAUGGAUGUCAAGUCUUCUCCAUCAUUUCAGACAACAUACCUCGUGAUGAAUCCAACUUGAGACUGGAUGCAGUGAUUCAUGAUGAGCCAUUUGAAGCAAAGAGCUAUAAAGACAUCAAGCUAAACUGUUAUGGUCCUUUGUAUACGUCAACAUAUAAUCAUAAUGAGCAUUUGAGACAGCAUUAUCACUUCCUUCCAGUGAGUGGGUUAAGUGAAAGGAAGCUCAUAGCAAAGGCAUUUACAACUGCAAGUGACUUACGGCUCACAGAACUGGACAUUGAAAAAACACAGCUGUCAAAUAUAAGCACAGAUACAUGGGUCUGGCAUUUAUGUUCACAUCACAUGAGCCAUGACUUCACUGUGAAACUGCCUGAUGGGACUGUCAGCCAUAGUACACCCUUGUGUCUAUCAAUUACCAAAAUAACAGCUGCCAGUAUGGUUGCCACUCAGCCAUACCAUACUGCCUCAUGUCCCCUAACUGUCUGCAUUCUUGUACAUCCAUCCCCAGCUGAUCCACAAUAG